ACGUUUACUUUGCGCCGGAAAGAGAACCUGUGAACCUCUCGGAAUUAUGGCGGGGGUGGAUAUCCGAGACAAUCUGCUGGGAAUUUCUUGGGUUGACAGCUCUUGGAUCCCUAUUUUGAACAGUGGUAGUGUCCUGGAUUACUUUUCAGAAAGAAGUAAUCCUUUUUAUGACAGAACAUGUAAUAAUGAAGUGGUCAAAAUGCAGAGGCUAACAUUAGAACACUUGAAUCAGAUGGUUGGAAUCGAAUACAUCCUUUUGCAUGCUCAAGAGCCCAUUCUUUUCAUCAUUCGGAAGCAACAGCGGCAGUCCCCUGCCCAAGUUAUCCCACUAGCUGAUUACUAUAUCAUUGCUGGAGUGAUCUAUCAGGCACCAGACUUGGGAUCAGUUAUAAACUCUAGAGUGCUUACUGCAGUGCAUGGUAUUCAGUCAGCUUUUGAUGAAGCUAUGUCAUACUGUCGAUAUCAUCCUUCCAAAGGUUAUUGGUGGCACUUCAAAGAUCACGAAGAGCAAGAUAAAGUCAGACCUAAAGCCAAAAGGAAAGAAGAACCAAGCUCUAUUUUUCAGAGACAACGUGUGGAUGCUUUACUUUUAGACCUCAGACAAAAAUUUCCACCCAAAUUUGUGCAGCUAAAGCCUGGAGAAAAGCCUGUUCCAGUGGAUCAAACAAAGAAAGAGGCAGAACCUGUACCAGAAACUGUAAAAUCUGAGGAGAAGGAGACCGCAAAGAAUGUACAGCAGACAGUGAGUGCUAAAGGCCCCCCUGAAAAACGGAUGAGACUUCAGUGAGUACGGACAAAAGAGAAGCCUGGAAGACUCCUCAUGCUAGUUAUCAUACCUCAGUACUGUGGCUCUUGAGCUUUGAAGUACUUUAUUGUAACCUUCUUAUUUGUAUGGGAUGCACUUAUUCUUUGAAGGGAUAUUAGGCUGGGCGUGGUGGCUCACGCCUAUAGUCCCAGCACUUUGGGAGGCCGAGAUGGGUGGAUCACUUGAGGUCAGAAGUUCGAGACCAGCCUGACCAAUAUGGUGAAACCCUGUCUCUACUAAAAAUAAAAAAAUUAGCUGGGCGUGGUGGUGGGCGCCUGUAGUCCCAGCUACUUGGGAGGCUGAGACAGGAGAACUGCUUGAACCCAGGAGGCGGAGGUCGCCCUGAGCUGAUUAUCACGCCGCUGCACUCCAGCCUGGGCGACAGAGCAAGACUUUGUCCCCCCCCCCACCCCCCAAAAAAAGAAAAGAUAUUAUUCCCAUCAUGAUUUCUUGUGAAUAUUUGUUAUAUAUCUUCUGUAACCUUUCCUCUCCUGGACUUGUGCAACCUACACACAUAUUUACUGGUAGAUAUGUUUAAAAGCAAAAUAAAGGUGUUUGUAUAUAUUGCUUCAUCGUGACUUUUUUCUUCAUCAUGACUGAUAUUUUUCAGAUGCACUUUGAAGACACAAAGGAUGUUAAAGUAGUAACUAAGCAUAUUUUUUUUUGUUAAGUUACAUAAUCCUUAGUAUUAAAAUAAACAGUUGCUGACAUUUUGGAAGAUGAAGGAAAAACCUCACUCACCAAUACCAUUACCCUAUAAAUACUGUAACAGCGUUGUGAGUUUUAAUCUUACUCUACGUGUAGCUACUUUUUUUUUUCAAUAAAGAAAAGGAAUUUAUUUUUUUUUAAGUUAUGGAGGCUAAAAAGUCCAGCAUUGAGUGGCUCCAUCUGGUGAGGGCCUUCUUGCUGAUAGGAAGUCUGCAAAGUCCCUAGGCAGCACAGGAUAUCUCAUGGCAAGGGGACUGAGUGUGCUUGCUGCAUGUAGAUGCUUUUAAAACUACUUUAAUCAUUCCUUUCAUACAAUUUUACUUUAUUAUAUCUGUUGUAAGCUUUCCCCCGUGUUUGUAUAGUUUUUAUAGACUGUUUUAGUGUCUGAAUUUCUGUAAAUGAUUGUAUCUCAGUUUUCUUUCUGUGUUAUAUUUGGGAUAUUUUUCUCAAUUUACAUUAUUUUAAAUAAGACUGCUGUGAUUAUAUCUUUGUAUAAUGCC